AUGAGAGUGUUGCAGAGCGCCACUAUAUCCGCUCUGGCCAUGAGCAGGGCCUUAGGCAAUGUAUACGAUUAUGAUAGCAAUCACGUAGGUAGUAUACUAAAUGGAUAUGUUACAAAAGAUAUAUCAAACGACAAUCGGAUGAUAGUCGAGGCUGAGCUUCUCGGAGAAGUGUUGUCACUAGAGCUGGAACCGAGGUCAGUAUUAGCUCCCGACUUCGAAUUGCAUAUAAUAUCUGAAGGCAUGACGAAGAUUAGAAAGCAUCGUGAAAACAUUGUACAAUACACUUACAGUAUAAGCUCAGCACAAAAUCAGAACCUGAACGGAAUGGCGACGUUAAGCGCCGAUGGGAGUAUUGUUGAUGUACUGUUAAAUACCAAAAGGCGCCUACUCUCUGGCCGUCGUUCUGGUGAUGGUACAAUAAUUUUUUACGAUACAAGUUCGCAAAUCGAACUACAAGGUAAUUUAAAUCGGCAAGUAGGCGAGGAUAGGAAACGUGCACGGGCUGAGAGGCGGAAUAUUAAGUUCGCGCCGGUGACAAAAAGUGCAAAUCGAGUCAAAGAACAACUUAUAGAGAAACCGGCAGGGCAAGUAGGCGAUUUUGGACAUCAUUUGAAUGUAUUGCAUCGCACUUUGCGUCAAGAAGAGCCUUUGAAGCAAAUAGAUCUAGUCCUAGACUUUGACUAUGAUCUUUUCUUUGCCCUCGGUAGCGAUGAGGAAGUUUGUCAACAGAAGGCGCUGUCUCUAGUAGCUGCCGUGAACGUUAUAUAUGAGAGUCAGUUGGGGCUAACGCAUUCUCUAAAGUCAGUCAAUGUUCGCUCGGUACCCAACUAUAGCGCAUCCGAAAGGCAAAGUCUUUUAUUUGAAGUAGAAGAUCAAUGGCAACCAUUGGAACCUUCUCGUGAGUACGGUGCGUUAGUUCUUGUCACAGGGAAGGUUUUUGCAGACGGCGUUUUGAAUGCAGAAGCUAACUCUGUUUGUCAAGAUCUUUGGAAGUAUGGACUGGCUUCGAUGAUGGACAGUCCCACCGUCGCUUCAGCAAUUGAUACGCAGGCCUUACGUUUGGCUCAUACACUUGGUCAUAUGUGGGGUGCGGCGAGCCAUGUUGCUGAGUCAGGAUUCGUUAUGUCGACCACUGAAAUUGCAGAUCAGGCCUCAUUUAAAGAUACGAGUAUUGCUGACAUCAAUGCGUAUAUAGCCGAAUACGGUCCUCUAUGCUUGACUGAAGUACAGCCGGAAGUAGGGCCCUGCUCCGUCAGUCCGUGUCUGAAUGAUGGUACCUGCCUCGAUGACCCGGGCGCUGCCCUAGGGUAUCGCUGCGAGUGCGGCGGUGGGUUCGCUGGCGCGAAUUGUGAUGAAGUCGGAAAUAGUUGUUCAUCAAAACCUUGCAAGAACGGAGGUGUUUGCACUCCGACAGAGUCUGAGUUCUCGUGUACAUGCGCUUUCACGGGGUUCACCGGUCCUACUUGUGAAGUUGAUGUUGACGAAUGUGCCUCGCAAAACCCGUGCAAGAAUGGCGAAUGUGUCAAUGAAGAAGGCACGUUCUCUUGCACAUGCGACGCAGGUUUUUCCGGUAGACUUUGCGACAGUGUUGCUUGUGUAAGUGGCAGGUGCAAGAAUGGGGGUACCUGUACACCUUCCACUGUUGCACCAUAUUACGCCUGUGAAUGUGCAAGUGGAUUCAGUGGGACGGUGUGCUCUACCAAUGUAAACGACUGUCGAAACCCGGCUUUGAAUCUUUGCGAUGCGGAGCACAGCACCUGUAAAGACGAAGUGAAUGGUGUGUCUUGCAUAUGUGAUGCGGGAUAUCUGCCACCAUAUUGCAUCGAGUACAGCUGUCCCUGCGUUAAUGAUGGUGUAUGUGUUAAGAGUGGAGAAAACACCGUUUGUAAAUGCCCGGCCGGACAUUGGGGCCCUAAUUGUCAGAAUACUCCAAGCGCGUCCAACAAAUGUCUUGUUGAUGGAGUCAAAGACGCCUGUAAUGGAAAUGGCAACUGUAAGGAGACAGAUAAUGAACAAGGGUUCCUAUGCGAAUGUGUUGAAAAUUGGGAGGGUACUACAUGUAACAAAUCCACCGUGGAUUAUUGUGCAUUAAGACCCUGUCAGUUCGCCGGCACCUGCUUAUCGCUAGACACCGGUCAUAGAUGCUAUUGUCUUCCAGGCCGCGGAGGAGACAAUUGUGAACUAGAUAUGAAAGAGUGCGAUUCGAAUCCCUGUCAGAAUGGAGGCGCAUGUGUCGAAAAACACAAUCGAGAAUUGGGCGUGAACCUCAUGGGGAAGAGAGUUUGCAUCAUGGGAGCUGGCGCCAUCGGCGGCCUAUUAGGAGUGAAACUGGCAGUGUCGGGAAACCAGGUAACUUUCGUAGCACGAGGUGCACACUUGAAAGCUAUGUCAGAAAAUGGAUUUACACUAGCGAUGGCUGAUGGCACGAUCCACAACACUAAGGAUUUAGACUGUCAGUAUACGGACGACCUGAGCACGAUACACCAAGAACAAGAUGUUAUCAUAAUAUGUUUGAAAGGCCAUCAGAUACAGAACAUGCUCACGGAUAUGAACAACAGCAGGAUACUUGGCGAAUCAACCAUGUUCGUGACGACCCAGAACGGUAUACCUUGGUGGCUUUUCCAGUGCUGUCCCGAAGGUUCUGAAAUAUGCAAGUACGAAAACACUGUGGUGCGUGCAGUAGAUCCGGAUGGCAGCCUCUUCAAUGGCAUUGAUCCGAAACGCAUCAUUGGGUGUGUAUCGUAUCCAGCUGCCCGCGUUUCGAAGCAUGGCACCGUCGAGCAUUUAGAAAGCAUACGGUUUCCAGUAGGUGAACUCAAUGGUAGUAUAGACUCAGCUCGGAUCAAAAUGCUGAGUAACUUACUGAUCGCGGCUGGCUUUAAAUCUCCGAUUCUUCCAGAUAUCCGUUCAGAGAUUUGGCUUAAACUGUACGGGAGUGUCGCAUUCAACCCGAUCUCCGCACUUACACACUCAACACUAAAAGAAAUGUGUGAAUAUGCAAGCACCAGACAACUCAUUGAGUUGGUGAUGGGUGAGAUAGAAGAGGUUGGCGGCCGGCUGGGCCUCACUUUAAGGGUCAGCAAGGACAGGCGCAUCGGCGGAGCAAUCGCAGUUGGAGAGCACAAAACCUCAAUGCUUAUGGAUGUCGAGAAUGGAAAGCCGAUGGAAAUUGACGGUCUGGUAGGCAGUGUUGUAGAGCUUGCAGAGUUGACAGGGUCAGAUAUACCGCACACGAGGACGAUUUUCUGUCUUGUCAACAUGCUUGGUUACAUCAUUGCCAAGCAUAGUGUGGCAUUCCCAGAACAGCAGCUUGGGACAGAAUAA